AUGUCUUGGGAUAUUGAAUUAGAUGAUCAAUUAUUACAAGAUCUUUACGCAUGGCUCGAUCAAAUCCCAUUAAGUCGACCAAAGAAGCGUAUUGAAAAAGAUUUUGCUGAUGGUGUUAUGGUUGCUGAAUUAAUAAAAUAUUAUUUUCCUAAUUGGGUUGAUCUACAUAAUUACGCAGCAGCAAAUAGUACACAACAAAAACUAAUUAAUUGGGGUCUUUUAAAUAGAAAAGUCCUUUGUCGCUUUGGUCUCAAUGUUCCUGAACCUGUUAUGCGUGGGAUAUGUCUCGGUCGAACUGGACUUGUUGAAGUAUUUCUUUACAAUUUGCGAACUAAAGUUGAUGAUUGUCUCUAUGCAAUGGAAACAAAUCCCAGCGAUCCUCAAUAUCGAGUUCUUCAUCAACAGGCCAAAACAAGUGAAUCUAGUGGUAUGACACCUCGUCAUCGUCAACAAAAUUCACCACCACCACCACAACAACAACAACAACAUCAAUAUGAAGAGAAUUCACCGAAAUAUAGCAGUAUGGUAUCGAAAGGCAAAGCGCCAGUAUCAAAUAUUCCAAAAAAGUCAACAUCAAUGCAUAAUUUGAGCUCAGACAUGGUUAGCCGUAUUGAAUAUGAUGAAAAAGAACAAGAAUGCAUCGCAAAAGAAGAACAAAUUCAGAUUUUGCAAGCAAAAAUUCGUCGUCUAGAACAUUUACUUCAUUUGAAAGAUAUUCGAGUAGAUGAUUUAGCAGACAAACUUGAUCAAACAAGAGGUGUACCAGUUAACACUGGCGGAAGAUCAAAUCGUCAACAGCAAGCACAUGUACCCAACAAUGGGCGUAAAUAA